CCCACCAGCUCUCAAGGCCAAACGAUCCUCAGCACCCCUCAAGCUCCCUGCCGCACUGCACAAAACAUCAUCUCCGACCCGUCGUCCUUGCCGGCAGGGACCUGGCGGAUUCCGCCUGCUUUGCGACGCCUCCCGCGCAGUCGCGCCGACCACUCGACCUCUCCAGCAUGGUCCUGCACAGCGCCGACGCCACAUAGCAUCCAUCCUCCCACACCCCUCGACUCCUCGAGCCUCGUCGCAACAGCAGUCCGCUUCUGCCCACGCCGCGCCCGCACCGGCCAUGGCGGUCUCGUCGCCAACCGGCGUGCCAGAGCUCUCGCGCAACGAGACAUGGUCCCUCACGGCCCUCGCCGCAGUCUGCCUGUCCGCCCUCGUGCGCACCUUUGAGCGCCGCGAGGGCGAGCCCCUCAUCGCCUCGCUCGCCCUCAGCGGCAUCGCCUUCUGCGCCGCCUACGCCAUGAUCCGCUGGCUCGGGCCGACCUUUGUCAGGGCCGGCCUCAGCGGCCGCGACAAGUCCAAAGUCAACAACAAGGAGCUCCUGCCCGAGUGCAUGGGCGCCAUCUGCGCCGUCGUCUACCUCUUCAUCAUCAUGGUCUUCAUCCUCAUCCCCUUUUACAAGGACAUUGUCGUCGCCACUAGUGGUGGCGGCAACCGAGACGUCGUGAUGAAUGUCGACUAUGUUCAAAAGGGUCGCCUACUGCACAGAUUCCCCCAUGGCAAGCUGGCUUCGUUCCUCUCAGCAAUCAUUGCGCUCCACUCGAUCACGAUUCUCGGAUUCGGCGACGACCUCUUCGACAUUCGCUGGCGACACAAGUUCUUCAUUCCCGCUUUCGCCUCGAUCCCCCUGCUCGUCGUAUACUUUGUCGACUUUGGAGUGACCUCGAUCGUCCUGCCGACUUUCCUCCAGAAAAUCACGGGCCGUGAACUCUUCGACCUCGGUCCGCUAUACUAUAUUUACAUGGCCGCCCUGUGUAUCUUCAGUCCAAAUAGCAUCAAUAUCCUCGCCGGUAUCAACGGCAUCGAGGUGUCGCAGAGCAUUGUCAUUGCGCUUCUUCUUGUGGCCAAUGACGCGUUAUACCUGCUGACGCCCUACCCGCACCCGGCCACCGACUCCCAUCUCUUCUCUCUAUAUUUCCUUCUGCCUUUCCUGGGCGUCAGCUUCGCACUGCUUGCCCACAACUGGUAUCCUGCCCGUGUCUUUGUCGGCGACACAUACUGCUACUUUGCGGGCAUGGUCUUUGCCGUAGUCAGUAUUCUUGGGCACUUCUCCAAGACACUAGUCCUGCUUCUGCUUCCGCAGGGGUUCAACUUUUUGUACAGUACGCCGCAGUUAUUCGGCUUGCUCCCGUGCCCUCGGCACCGGCUGCCGCACUUCAACGCCCGAACCGGCCUCCUCGAGCCCAGCGUCGCCGUCUUCGAAAAGGAUCGACAACCUCGCGCCCCUGUAGCCUACGCGCUGCGGCUGCUCGCGCGCCUCCGGCUGCUACGACUCAAGGAAUCCGAGGACGGACUGAUCGAGGAGACGAGCAACCUGACAAUCCUCAACCUGUGGCUGGUCUGGCGCGGACCGCUGCGCGAAGACCGCCUCGCCAUCGAGAUCACCAUCAUGCAGUCCCUCGUCGGCAUCCUUGGCCUGCUCGUCAGGCACAAGCUGGCCUUGCUCGUGUUCAGAGAGGACAAUCUGAGCACACGAAGCGCGUUUUAGUUUGGCUGGAUAGGGCCGGCCACACGGCAUGCGCAUGCCUGUGGCUUGAUUUGAGAGAGAGAGCGAGAGUUGGAGAGAUAAGAUAGAGCGAAAAGUAGUCACGCUCCAUAUCUGCCAGCAUAGGCGCAUCAUCGCAGCAGGCAAGGUCCCGAAGUGGAGCGGGGACAAUGCAAUAUCGGCAUAUAGAGUUGUACCAUAGAGAUGAUUCAAGAUACCACAUGAGUUACAUCAUUAAUGAAUAACAGCCCGUGAGCAUAUAGUGUGGAAUCACAAUUGGAGCACAAACUAUGCCCGAGCAGAAUGGAUU